AUGGCACCUCCGUACUCCCUCUUUCUCCACACGCUCAUGGCGGCGUACCAGCUCCGGGGACAGCACUCUGGCCGGAGCCGGCAAGAGGGGGAGGACGGACACUGCACCCGCCGCGCCAAGCAAGAAACCGCUCACCUAGGCCCGUGCCAGUGCCAGUCAGACCGGCACGGGGCCAGCAGCGCCGCCACCACGCUUGCCGCCAACCCAAUCCUAGUGGAGGAGGAGCCCGCAGCAGGCGAAAUCGAGCCCGCAACGGACAGCCUGGCAGCAGGAGCCGGGACAGAGGGGGACAAGGCUCCCCUCACACGCACGGCGGCCCCGCAAGGCCCUUUUGCGCCCACAACAAGGGCGGACACAGCGGUGAUCGACCUCACCUCUGACAUUGAGGACGUAGGGUUGAGGGAGAAGCCGGAGGCGGCUCCUGCGCCAAGCUCCGCCGCGCCGGAUACAACGGCGGCGGUGCCCACCGUCGCUACCGGGGCGGAGCUCAGCGGCGCGUCCCUGGCCUUGCAGGCCGGAGGCGCGGGUCCCGCAGCCGCCCCGCAGGAGACGACUCCUGCCCGGGGCGCGGCCCUCCCGCCAGACCCGCAACCCAUGGGCGCGGGUGCGGGGAAAGAAGUGGCAGGGGUGCAGCAAGUGGCUCCCAUGCAAGCGGACGAUGCUCCCCCCGGCCAGACCAUGGCGGCAGGGGCCUCGUCAUCGUCCGCCACCACCUCCAGCCCAGACUUCGGCAUACUUGCCGGGGCGACUUGGGACCCAAUCACCUGGGACCCAAGCAUCUACGAUCAGGGGCAUCAAUUCCUCGAUGCCAUCAAGGAGCAACAGCUGGCGUUCAUCACCUCGUUCAACAAGGUGAGGGAGCUCCACGAGCUCGCGAAGAGCCAACUCGACGAAGUGUGGCGAGACGUCGAGAGAGAGCGGCAGGAGCUCUCCCGGCUACGGAAAUGA